UUACUGACCAUUCCGAGCAGCAUCCCUCUCACCACGGUAUUACAGUUGCAUCCGUGUUCAGAUCCUCUAGCUUUUCAAGGAAUUUCCUAUACAGACAGCAGAAGCAAAUCCACAGGAGUUGUAAGCAGCUUGUGAUUUUUUUCUUUAAAACUGAGACAGAAGUUUCCUCUCUGAGGGCAUCUCUGUAUUGGCAAAGGCUUAUUUCUGGCUUUCGUCAGAGGGAUACCUUGUUGCUUAAGAUGAGUGGCUGUAGAAAACGGUGUAAACGUGAAAUAUUGAAAUUUGCCCAGUACCUUCUCAGACUACUAACUGGGACACUGCAUACAGACAGCGUUGAAGAUGAGAUGGAAAUGGCCACCGUGCGGCAUCGGCCGGAGACUCUCGAACUGCUGGAAGCCCAGAGCAAAUUCACAAAGAAGGAGCUUCAGAUCCUGUACAGGGGAUUCAAGAACGAAUGUCCCAGUGGAAUUGUUAAUGAGGAAACCUUCAAAGAGAUUUACUCCCAGUUCUUUCCCCAGGGAGAUUCCACAACUUAUGCACAUUUCCUGUUUAAUGCCUUCGAUACAGAUCACAAUGGGUCUGUGAGUUUUGAGGAUUUUGUUAUGGGGCUCUCCAUUUUGCUUCGGGGGACUGUCCAGGAAAAACUCAACUGGGCCUUUAAUUUGUAUGACAUAAAUAAAGAUGGCUAUAUAACUAAAGAGGAGAUGCUUGACAUUAUGAAAGCUAUAUAUGAUAUGAUGGGAAAAUGUACUUACCCUGUUCUCAAAGAGGACGCACCCCGACAACACGUGGAAACAUUUUUCCAGAAAAUGGACAAAAAUAAGGAUGGAGUAGUCACCAUAGAUGAAUUCAUUGAAAGCUGCCAGAAAGAUGAAAACAUAAUGCGCUCCAUGCAGCUCUUUGAAAAUGUGAUUUAACAUGUUUGCCCAAUGGACACCCUGCGGUUUGCAAGAUGGAGUUACCCCUUUUAGCAUAGACAGACUGCUCAGCUUUAUACUGAGGCACAAUAUGCAAUAUAAGCUGUUAAUUAUAAAGCAGUCCCCAAAAAGAUUUACAUUUUCAGCUUAAGGUAAAAAUCUGCAUCUGUUUCGUAAUGCCACUCAGUUAGUGGGAUGUCCUAAAAGUUGUUUCAUAUGUGUGAAUAUUCAGAGAAAUAGUACUAACAUCCAGCUUAACUGAUACUCCAACCUUAGACCAGUGAGGAAUUUUUUUUAAAUGGCUAUGUUUUUGCUACUCAUUUGUACUGGACUCAGCCCAGAAUUUGUUUUUCUAAAUAAGCAUCUAUGUUUAAUUUACAAAAGGCAGAAUUCAUUCCUAUAUGUUACAAUCCAAUUUAUAUACUUCAAGUAAACAAAUAUUUGCUACUCCAUCCUAGUUUUUGUGAAUUUUCCUCCUUACACUGAGGUCCAUUUAAUUUAUAUGACUUUUACUCUAACUGUAAUCAUUUGCUUUGUAGUCAAAAGUCCAAAUAGGUUUCAGGCUGCUGUUCUCUAUAGGAGGAGGAAGAAAAUCAUACUGGAGCCAAACAUUCUGUGGAUAUUCAAUUAAUGAGAAAGUAGGUUUGAAGCAUUUUUAAUUUGAUUGUACUAAUGCUAGUCAUCCUAUGGCUUUUUUUUCGGAUUGUAUAUUUUGACAAGUUGUAAAAAAAAAAAAAAAAACCAACAACCUUAGCUAUACAAUACUGAAGCAUAAUUUCAUUUUGAAGGGGAGCUUACCGUAGAAAGAAAACAAUAUUUACCAUUCCCAAGAUUCUCGGUUGUCACAAUGAUCCCAACUUAGUUUCGUCUCUGUUCUGCAGAAAUGUCACCAUGGCUAUUGGAGAAGGAAUUUUGCAGCUUUGCAAAAACAAAUCAGGUAUCUAUUCUGGUGUAGAGAUUUGGUGUUGAAGAGUGCUCUGCUAUCACCAGUGUAGGAAUAAGAGUAGUACAAUACAUGUACACCUGAAAUUUGCCGUAGCGUGUCUGUGAAAACUCAAUGUGUACAUUUUGUAUUUUAAAAAAAAGAGGAAGAAAUAAAAGUAAGUAGAAUGUUUAUAACCCUA